GUUUUGAAAGAAACGUAAACCUCUCCCAGAGCUCAAAUCCUUUUUCUAUAACCAUCCCAGCGGAACAACAUAACAAGCUAGCAAAGUUGCAAGGACCUUUUGACCUAAAAAAGUUAAAAUUUCUCUCUCUCUCUCUCUCCAAACAUGCUGAAAACAACCUGCACGCCUUUCUUCUCCUCUAUUCCCCGCAAAUCCAUUACCCACUGUGCACCACCAACUGUUCGACGAAAUGCCUCAACCGAAACUCCCGCCAUGAGCCAACCACAUGAACUUCCUCCAGCUUCAGCUUACGUCCACCUCCCUUUCUGCAGAAAACGCUGCCACUACUGUGACUUCCCAAUCGUCGCUCUCGGCUCGUCUUCGAACCAAACCGAAGACGACCCACGAAUCUCCAACUACAUCCAACUGCUCUGCCGAGAAAUCAAAGCCACUCCUUCGGAAUUCAACCCAAACCAGCCUCUUGAAACGGUCUUUUUUGGUGGUGGCACGCCUUCGCUCGUGCCGCCGAGGCUUGUUUCGUCGGUCCUCGACGUGCUGAGAUCGAAAUUUGGGUUAAGUUUGGAUGCUGAAGUGUCCAUGGAAAUGGAUCCUGGGACUUUUGGUGUUGAGCGAAUGAAGGGGUUGAUGGAGCUGGGUGUGAACAGAGUGUCAUUGGGAGUUCAGGCUUUUCAGGAUGAGUUGUUGAACGCUUGUGGGAGAGCCCAUGGGGUGAAGGAGGUUUAUGAGGCGAUUGAGAUUGUUGGGAAUUGUGGGGUUGAGAAUUGGAGUAUGGACCUCAUAUCUUCACUUCCCCACCAGACAUCAGAAAUGUGGAUGGAGAGUUUGCAGCGAACAAUUGAAGCACAGCCUACCCAUGUGUCUGUAUAUGAUUUGCAAGUGGAACAAGGCACCAAGUUUGGAAUACUGUAUACACCAGGGGAGUUUCCUCUGCCUUCUGAAAAGCAAUCCGCAGAUUUCUAUAGGAUGGCUUCAAACAUUCUCUCUGGUGCUGGCUACAACCAUUAUGAAAUCAGCAGUUAUUGUAAGAGUGGAUUCCGGUGCAAGCACAACCUUACAUACUGGAAGAACCGAUCUUUCUAUGGUUUUGGUCUGGGCUCCGCCAGUUAUGUUGGUGGAGUAAGGUUUUCAAGACCAAGAAAGCUGAAAGAGUACAUGGAUUAUGUUAAAAAUUUGGAGAAUGGGAUGGUGGAUAGCUGUAAGUGUAAUCCUAUUGAUGAUAAGGACAUGGCAACAGAUGUGGUUAUGCUUUCCCUUAGAACUGCAAGAGGUUUGGAUUUGAAGUCCUAUCGAAAAACUUUUGGCGAUUCUCUUGUCCUCUCUCUGUGCAAGGCCUAUAGACCAUAUGUGGAAAGCGGACAUGUGAUUUGCUUGGAUGCGGAGAGGAGAGUCAUAGCUGCGGAUGAACUCAACUCCUUGCUGUCCAACGAGCAUGAAGGGAAAGAGGAGCUCGCAUUUAUUCGGCUCAGUGAUCCGGACGGUUUUCUUCUGUCAAAUGAGCUGAUAACCGUUGCAUUUGGGGCCAUAGCUCCAUGAAAUUGCAAACUUGUUCGAAAACUUUGAAGCUUUUUGAAGUGAUUGAGAAGUAGUUCGGGUUCUACGAAGAAAAUUUGCACCAAGCGUCAUUAAAAGGGAUGCCAUUCAUUGAAGGAUACUCCAUUGACAACCAUAAUCUUUGCAGGAGAUUACGUAUCUAUAAUAUUAAAACUAGAUUUCAAGUCAUAUAGCAUCAAAAGGAUGCUGAAAUAGGAUUUAUGUUUAGUCAGGGCACAGCGAGCAGAAACCAUAAACCAAAUCUUAAUUCGUCAAUUGUGUUGGUUUUGAGGCACUAAGAGCUUGCCAAGGACAUGGUGAACCCUGUGGUAAGUGGUGGAGAGAUCCAAAUAUCAUCAUCAGUCAUCAGGGCUCAAGAUGCAAAUAAGAUAUCAUUUUUUCUCCAA